AUGGUAUCGAAUAAGUGUUGGGUUGUAGGAUGUAAAGAUUUAGCAAAAAGAAAGUAUAUAUUUCCAAAAGAUUAUAAUGAUCUCAAAAUAUGGGUCAAAAGAACUGCAAAUCCAGUCUUUAAAAAUAUGUCGCCAGAAACUAUUAGAAGAACUUAUCAAAUAUGCAAAAACCAUUUCGAAGAAUGCUGUUAUUCACCUGGCACUAAUCAAAAAUUAAAGCUGCAUUCAUUGCCUACAUUAAACCUUCAGGUGUCCACUUAA